GGAGGGCAUUCCACAGGGUGGGUGCCACUACCGAGAAGGCCCUCUGCCUGGUUCCCUGUAGCUUUGCUUCUUGCAGUGAGGGAACCUUCAGAAGGCCCUCGGUACUGGACCUCAGUGUCUGGGCAGAAUGAUGGGGGUGGAGACGCUCCUUCAGGUAUACUGGGCCAAAGGUUUGCCAAGUGUGCCUUCCUCUUAGCACGUUUCUCCCUUUUGUCCUGAGUUUGAGCGUCCUCAAAGCCCACAUCGCCUUUGGUAAAUAAAGGCUGUUCUCCAACUGGAGUGCUCGCAGGCCAGUGUUUCCCAGUUGUCAGUGUUUAUACUACAUUUUUAAAGAUUUGCCUUGAGAGGGUCUUUAAACCUCUUUUGUUGACCACCAGCAUUACGCUUUCCAUUUUUAAGUUCGGAAUAGAGUCGUUGUUUGAGAACCGGGACAUUCACAGGGAAACCAAAAUGCUUGUUUACAAAGCUAUUGUGCUACCAACCUUACUAUAUGCUUGUGAAACAUGGACCACUUAUAAACGCCAUCUCCAACUCUUCGAAAUAUUCCAUCAAUGGUGUCUCUGAAAAUUUUUACACAUCAGUGUACUGGAAGAAGCAAAGAUCACCAGCGUCAAGGAGAUGAUUCUUCAACAUCAACUUCAUUGGAGUGGUCAUGUACAGAUGCCUGAUUCUCAUAGAGAGGGCCAUUGUGGUGUUGGGCUCAGACCUGGAAGACAAGGGUUCAAAUACUCAUUUGGCCGUGAAGCUCCCUGGGUGAUCUUGAGCCCAUCACUGCCUCUCAACAAAAUCUACCUCACAGGGCUGUUGUGGGGAUUAAUUGAGAACCAUGUGCUCCCCCCCCCCCUUGAGCUCUGUAUCAAUGCAAUAAAUAAAGAAAUAGGUUAGGAGUGGGUCCAUUGCCUUGCAAUGGCAACCAUCCUACCUGGAUGGACAGAGAGUGCUCUGCUGGUUGCUUUCCGGUUGACCAGACAGAUCCAUAGAAUUGUAGAGUUGGAAGGGACCCCAAGGGUCAUCCAGUCCAACCCCCUGCAAUGCAGGAAUAUUUUCAGUUGUCCCAUACGAGGAUCGGACCUGCAACCUUGGUGUUACCAGCAGCACGCUCUAACCAACGGAGCUGGCACUUCCUAGUUGGGGAAACAUAGAAAGCUGCCUUAAUGUGGAGUCAAACCAUUGGUCCAUCUAGCUCAGUGUUGCCUACACUGACUGGCAGCAGCUCUCCAGGAUUUCAGGAAGAGUUUUCUCCCAGCCCCUACCUGGAGAUGCUGGGAAGGUGAGCUUGGGACUUCCUGUGUUCAAAGCUGAGGCCCUUCCCUUCAGCUCUUGCCAAGAAUGCAGGAGCAGGUGGACUUUGGUUAGACGCCAUGUGGUGCUCCCGAGAUACGAGUAUCCCCUUGGGAUCACUUCUGCACAGGGAAUUUCCAGGAUGUGGGAACCUGAUUACUUUUGCCCAGUUUUUCUUCAUAGCCAUCGAGGGUUUCAUCUUCGAAGCCAAUUUUGGAAGGAAGCGGCCCAUCAUCCCAAUCAGGUACUACCUGAUCAUGGUGGCUAUGUUCUUCACGGUCAGCGUGGUGAACAACUACGCCCUCAACUUGAACAUCGCGAUGCCUCUGCACAUGAUAUUUAGAUCGGGAUCUCUGAUAGCAAACAUGGCUCUGGGCAUCAUUAUUCUGAAGAAAAGGUACACCAUCUCCAAAUACACCUCCAUUGCUCUGGUGUCUCUGGGAAUCUUCACCUGCACCUUCAUGUCAGCAAAGCAAGUGAGUUCUAUGUCAAGCGCAAGUGAAGAUGAAGAGAACGUCUCUGCUUUCCUCUGGUGGCUGCUAGGUAUCCUCGCGCUGACCUUUGCUCUCCUCAUGUCGGCCCGGAUGGGCAUCUUCCAAGAGACCCUCUAUAAGAGAUUUGGCAAGCACUCCAAGGAAGCCCUCUUCUACAACCACGCCCUCCCCAUCCCAGGUUUCCUGCUUCUGGCUCCUGACAUCUACAGACACGCCCUGCUCUUCAGCCAAUCUGAACCGUUCCAAGUCCCAGUGAUUGGGCUCACGCUGCCCAUAAUGUGGUUCUACCUCAUCAUGAACAUCAUAACUCAAUAUGUUUGCAUUCGGGGCGUCUUCAUCCUGACCACAGAGUGCACCUCCCUGACGGUCACGCUGGUGGUGACCCUGAGGAAGUUCAUCAGCCUCAUCUUCUCCAUCCUGUACUUCAGGAACCCCUUCACUGCCUGGCACUGGAUCGGGACCCUCUUUGUCUUCGUGGGGACUUUGAUGUACACGGAAGUGUGGAACAAUCUGGGGCCUCUGCUGGACCGGAAGGAGAAGAAACAGGAGGAGAAGCAGGAGUGACGGCGGAUGUCCCCCGGCCGGAAAAGCAGGUCUCUUCUCCACUGAACCCCGGAGAACCCCGGUUUUCAGUUGAGUUUACUCCAUAUGGUGCCGAGCAGCAGCAGAAGAUUCCCUUCUCAUGGAAGCGAGGGGUUGAUUUUUGUAAUACAAAAAUAACUGGUUUUGGCUAUGCCAAGCGGAUGAAUGAAUUCCCUGGAAUGGGGAAAUCCCAUUUUAUUUUGUUUUAUUCUAUUGUCUGGCUGCUGAGGUAACAAACUGAGCUUGGGUGAGGUCUGGCCUGCCACCAUUCUGCUUGAGAUGGGCCAGUUUGGUGUUUGGUGCCGCCGUGUCGCAAUUCACACAAAGCGCAGAUUCUGGGUCGAAAGGCUUCCUCUUGUCUUGUAGCCACUUUGAAACGCCCAAACGACAAAGAGCGAGGAAGGCCAAGUGGCCACAUCCCAGAGAUUUAACACGGGGAAGUCGCCACGAGGUGACUUUCAAUACCCGUGCGUGAUUCUUUGUUUGGAACAGCCUCACGGAGGGCGGGGCGGCAUUCCACAUGCCAGUUUAAGCUCUCAAUUUGAGGCUUACACCCAUGGUUGUGGAGAACCUUUCUUGCAGCAAGAUAAUGCCCAGAGUGAGAUUUUUGUGGGACCAGCUCCAGGUUUGACGGUGAGACCCCCGUUCUAGCUGGGUGGCUACAGCAGACUCCAAGGCCACAGCAAGCCACCAUAAACAUUUCCCACAGUGCCUCUGACUUAGCAUCUCUCUGGGGCACUGUGGGAAAUAAAACUGGAAGCUCCUGGAGCCAGCUGCUUUUUUAAAGAAGGGUUCAAGGCAUGCUUCGGAGGUUGUCCCUGCCAGAGUUCUGGGACCUGCCCGACUGCCCCCUCGUAUUGCUGCUUUCUGCCCUGACGACGCUGGCCCUGCCUUUCUCCUCAGUAAACAAGGGACACAUAGGCUUGGCUCACAUGUAACAACAAACCAUGGUUUGCCAUUGUGUGAAAGAGCCUUGUUCAUCUGCCUCCUCUCAAUGCACUCCAGUUGCAACCCCUUGCUUCCUCUAAAUGUGGCAAAUGCAUUGCACAUCAGAAAUUUGAAGCCGCAAUCUAACUGGUUUCCUGUUCUGGUUUUCAGGCAAACCCAUGACAAAAGGGGGGUGAGAGAGAAACCACCCACAAAACAAAGUUGCGUGGAAAACUAUUUUAUACAAAGUUCUUUCUUUUUCUUUGUAAAAACAUUUUAUUUUAUUUUUUAACAAGACAGCUGGAUGAUUUUGUUUCCUAUUUAUUAGCCCCCAGACUUUGGAAAUCCAUUCUAUGUCACUGUCUCGUUUCCUAUGCAUCUUGUUUGCUAUGUUUGUAUAUUCCCUUGCCUGAAGGGGAAGGUUUUGUUCUGAAUCAUGUCAGGCCUGGAAUAAAUAUUAUUUCAAGCACCUGA